UGUUUUCUGGAACUUUUCAGUAUCGGGGUGAGGAGCAAUGGGGAAGGAGAAACUCCACAUAAACAUUGUGGUCAUAGGACAUGUCGACUCAGGCAAGUCCACCACUACAGGCCACCUCAUCUACAAGUGUGGAGGAAUUGACAAGAGAACUAUCGAGAAGUUUGAGAAGGAAGCUGCCGAGAUGGGAAAGGGUUCUUUUAAAUACGCCUGGGUUUUGGACAAGCUGAAAGCAGAGCGUGAGCGCGGCAUCACCAUCGAUAUCUCCCUCUGGAAGUUUGAGACCAGCAAGUACUAUGUCACCAUCAUCGAUGCUCCAGGACACAGGGACUUCAUCAAGAACAUGAUCACUGGGACUUCUCAGGCGGACUGUGCCGUGCUGAUCGUGGCUGCAGGUGUGGGAGAGUUUGAAGCUGGCAUCUCAAAAAACGGGCAGACUCGUGAACACGCCCUUCUCGCCUACACCCUGGGAGUGAAGCAGCUCAUUGUGGGCAUUAACAAGAUGGAUUCCACUGAGCCUAACUACAGCCAGAAGCGCUACGAGGAGAUCGUGAAGGAAGUCAGCACUUACAUCAAGAAGAUCGGCUACAACCCAGACACUGUGGCUUUUGUACCCAUCUCUGGCUGGAACGGAGACAACAUGCUGGAGCCCAGCCCUAAUAUGUCCUGGUUCAAGGGCUGGAAGAUCAAUCGUAAAGAUGGUAACGCCUCAGGCACCACACUGCUGGAAGCUCUGGACGCCAUCCAACCUCCCACACGCCCCACUGACAAGCCCCUCCGUCUGCCUCUGCAGGAUGUCUACAAAAUUGGAGGCAUUGGGACUGUACCAGUUGGUCGAGUGGAGACAGGGGUCUUAAAACCUGGAAUGGUCGUGACCUUUGCCCCGGUCAACCUGACCACUGAGGUCAAGUCUGUAGAGAUGCACCACGAGGCCCUGAAUGAAGCCCUUCCUGGUGACAAUGUGGGCUUUAACGUCAAGAAUGUGUCUGUGAAGGAUAUUCGCCGUGGCAACGUGGCCGGAGACAGCAAGAGCGAUCCACCACAGGAGGCAGCCGGCUUCACCUCUCAGGUGAUUAUCCUAAACCACCCUGGUCAGAUCAGCGCUGGUUAUGCCCCAGUGCUGGAUUGCCACACUGCACACAUCGCGUGCAAGUUUGCAGAGCUCAAGGAAAAGAUCGACCGUCGCUCCGGCAAGAAACUUGAAGACAAUCCAAAGUUCCUGAAAUCUGGAGAUGCUGCCAUUGUUGACAUGAUUCCUGGCAAGCCCAUGUGUGUGGAGAGCUUCUCUGAGUACCCACCUCUGGGAAGAUUUGCAGUGCGGGACAUGCGUCAGACAGUGGCAGUGGGAGUGAUCAAAGGCGUGGAAAAGAAAGCCCCCUCCAGCGGUAAGGUCACCAAGUCUGCACAGAAGGCCCAGAAGACCAAAUGAACGUUGUGCUGGGCUGCUGCCCCGAGCGCUCACCGUGGCCGAAGACACACCCUGCACCUUCUGCACACCCUCGUCAGCGUCUGGUCUAUUAUCACAAUGCAUCGCAAAAGCAGACGCAGGAAAACAAUAACUAAGCACACUGUUAGUGAUUAACGUGUUACCACUUGUAAUGUGUAGGUUUUAUUGUCUCACAGUUUGUGGUGAAUCAAACACAACACCUGUUCAUUAUCUCUCUCUGGUUGAGUGCUGUUGAUCGUGACAACAAACCUGCUUAGCACUUGUAGCAAUAAGGAUGUUCUUUUGUUGAAGUAAGGCUCUGUGUUGUAGCUUUAAAAAAAGAUGUGCUAACUAACUAGCCGGAGGUAAGAAUGGCUUCUUGCAUGUUACCUGUUUGCACCCUAGAGAAACAAGCAAACCUGAAAUCUUCAUGCCUAUAGCACUCUGCUUGACCAAGACUUCAGCACUGUUAAAUGUUCAAAGUCUGUCCAUGCACCUUACUUGUUAUUUGUGAGCACACGUACAUAAAAGUAAACAAAAUGUUGAAACUGUA